AUGCCAAGCAAUGUUUCACAAUGCACCAUCUACACAGAAAUGGAGCCCUUUACCUAUUUUUACUACUUGAUUUUUCUGGUGGGAUUUAUCGGCAGUUGCUUCGCACUGUGGGCAUUCACACAGAGAGAGCAGAGGCAGAAGUGCAUGAGCAUCUACCUGAUGAACCUCCUCACAGCAGACUUCCUGCUCACGUUGGUACUGCCCGUUAAAAUCAUCGUUGACCUGGGCAUUGCACCCUGGAAACUGAGAAUAUUCCACUGCCAGGUCACAGCCUGCUUCAUCUACCUGAACAUGUACUUAUCGAUAAUAUUUUUGGGAUUUGUGAGCAUGGACCGCUGCCUGCAGCUGAGGCACAGCUACAAGAUCUUCCGCAUCCAAGAGCCUGGCUUUGCCAAGAUGCUGUCCGCAGUCGUGUGGACCAUGGUUCUCCUCCUAACGGUGCCCAACAUGGCCAUCCCAAUCAGAGACAUCGAGGAAAGCCCCAACGCGGGAUGCAUCGAUCUCAAAACGAAAUUUGGAAGGGACUGGCACGUGUUCACAAACUUCAUCUGCACAGCAAUAUUCCUCAACUUCUCAGCCGUGAUCCUGGUCUCCAACUUCCUCGUCGUUCGGCAGCUCUACCAGAACAAGUACAGCGAGAGCUACGCGAACGUGCGGAAGGCGCUGGUCAACGUCCUGCUGGUGACGGCCGGCUACCUCACGUGCUUCGUGCCCUACCACAUCGUCCGCAUCCCCUACACGCUGAGCCAGAGCGACGCCAUAACCAGCUGCUACCUGAAGCAAACGCUCUUCAAAGCCAAGGAAUCCACCCUGCUCUUCGCGGUAUCAAACCUCUGCUUCGACCCCAUCCUGUACUACCACCUCUCCAAGUCGUUCCGGCUGAAGAUGAGCUCGUCCUUCGCAGCGCGCGGAGGGGCCAAGCUCUUCCCCGGGCAGGGGGCAGAGCUCUUCCCCGGGCAGGACACGCACGGCCGGCGGGCACAGGGCGCUGACUCCAAGCUGGGUGUGCMGCCAGGUGUGCAAGCACCAGGUAGUUGCUGCGAGCACCACUGCCAGGGUCAGCACGUUACCGUUCAGGCAUAA